AUGCCGAUAUUUGUGCGUAUUCUCAAUGGAAAAACCUUCACUUUGUCACUCCAAUUGGGCCAGAAAAUCUCCAGCUUGCAAUACUGGAUCAUGAAAAAAGAAGAUAUUCCCGGGUACAUGCAGAAGCUAUUCUUGGCCGGAAUGAGUCUGCAGGUGGGAGACCAUACGCUGGCACACUACAACAUUGUUGCGGGGUCCACCCUGGAUCUUGUGGUGAAUGGAAAGGAAGUGGCGCCAAACGCAGAGAUAUCUGUAGAAACCGCCUGUGGAAAGAAGUUCCCUGUGGUGGUUAAUUACGACCUUUUGAUCGAAGACGUGAAAAAGUUGAUUGAAGAUAAGGUUCACAUUCCCCUGAAGCAGCAGAGGCUGGUCUAUGCCGGAGUGGAGCUUGAAGACGCACGCCUCCUGCGAACGUACGACUUCCAGGAAAAGGACACCUUCUGGCUUGUGAUUGAUGACGCAUCCAUGGAGAUGAAGACAAGGGUGUCGAUGAGGAUUCAGAUCCAGGUUUCCGCCACUAAGAAGACCAUCCACUUAGAUGUGGGAAGCACAGACACCAUUCACGAUGUGAAAGCCAAGAUUCAGGCCCGGGAACACAUUCCUACGGGUCAGCAGGUUCUGUUUUUGCCUGAUAGACGGCUAUACGUGGACGCCUUUACCCUUGACGACUACUUUAUCCACAAUGGAUCCACCCUCUAUCUUGCUCAAAUUCUUGGUGAGACGCUUCUCACUUAG